UGCCUAUUCGAUGUUUUCUUUUUUAUAUCUUUUUCUUUGUUGGUGGUAUCGUCAUUCAGUAAUUUAUUUAUUUGCUUUCACGCUGCCUUCAUUCAAUUUUGUGCAGGCGAAUUCACCAGCUGGGCUCUUCUUUAAAUGGACAAUAUGGAUAAUAGCAAACCCACAGGUAGAGGCAGUUCGGCAAAGAGCGAACUGUGCUCGGUGGGUAGCUCCGACAGGAUAUUCAGCGUCAGCACUGAUGGCUCUGGCAGUAUUGUCGGUAGGAGCAGAAGUAGCAGCCGCUACAAAGACGAUAGUGAAAAUAGUCUUCCCAACACCGCCGAAACACCCACCACUCAUUUUGAAGCAGCGCUUUCAAACAGAGACGGUGAAGCAAAGGGUCACGGAAAGGUGUCCAGGAUAUCCACGUUUUCGUCGCUAUCACCAACACCGCCAGGGGAUCAAGGGGCCGAAUCCUCUGCGCCCACAUGGUCCCAGGCUGAGCUCCUAGAAGUGCGAGCUCGCGAACGCACCUUUGAUGGCGCAUACUGGCGCACGUCAAUCGGCUUGUUCGGCGCGUCGCUUGUCAUUUUGCGCGUGUUUGGCUUGGCGUUCUUCCCGGUUGGGCUUGUGUUUCUAGCGCUAGCGCUGGGGUUCUUGGCAAUCGGCUUGGUUCGGAGGAGAAAGCUGCUCAACCAGGACACUCACGCCCGAGGCCCCUUUGUCACCAGCGGCAGCACAGUGCUGCUGUCUGGCGCAAUGUGCCUGUCAGCGUACGUGGUACUCAUUGUGCUUCUUUUAAGAAUGUAAUAUAUAUUAUAUUAUAUUAAUUUUUAGUUGUUUAUAUUUUGGCAUAUAUGCUUGCCUGUUGGCCAUCUACGCGCUAAGACGGAGCGAUUUAACCGCAUGGGCGGCGACAAGCUUGAGCCAAAAAGAACACGGACGCUCGAGGUUAAAAAACACCAUCCAAUACUCACAUGGCUCUGGCUGGCUGGCCAAUCGAAUAAAAGCUUCAAAAGGACUUCUACAUAGAAUGUGUCUGACAUUUUUUUCUUGCAUCGUGAAAUGGGGUGUGGGGAGAGGUGCUAAAAAACAAGUAGGGUCACAAAACACUUCC